AAAAGUAGCUAAAUUAACAACACCGAGUGUUUAUUUUUUUACAAUUUUUAUAUGAAUUUAAUAAUUUCUUGUUUUAUAUAUUCUUUUUAACAAUAUUAAAAUAAUGUCAAUUGAAAAUAAAUUAGAAUUACUAUGGAAUGGUGCAAAUACUUUACAGAACGAUUUACAAAUACACAAGAUGCUAAAAUCUUAUUACAUAAAUACAUGUCGGAAAAUAGCUAAAAACCAUGUGCAAAUUCCCAAGGAAAAGUUUGCUACCUCACAAAUGUGUCCACAUUGUGGAUGUUUUUGGAAUGACAGUGAAUAUAGCCUUAAAUUGAUACCAAAGCAAUUGAAAAAUAGCACGAAAGCAAAAAAAUUAAUAGAUAAAUUGGAACAAGUUCAAGGUACUACUGGCCAAGUUUUGAAGAAAAAACAAAAAAAUCGUGCAAAAUGGUUAAAGAAAAAGAUUACCAAUCAUUUGGCUAUUAAUUGUUAUCAGUGCAAACGAAAAUCUUUAUUAAAAAUGGAAGUUCCCAAAUAUAAAACUCGAAAGGAGUUAGUAAGUGAAAAAGUUCAAAUUGAAAAAGAAGCACCCGUGUUAAAUUCUGGAAAAAAGUCUGAAAAACAACAUCAGCAGAUAAGUAAUAAAGGCUGUAAUUCACCAAGUACAUUGCAAUCCAAAUCCAAAAAAGAAAAAAUAGGAAAUAAAUCACAAAAUAUAACCAAAUCCAAGAAUAAAAAACAAGCCAAUUCGGAUACAACGAAUAAAGUUAUUUCUAAAACACAAAAACAGAAUUCUCUUCUACAAUUGGCUGCUUUACUUCAAAAACAAUCAAAGGAUGAUUCUAAGAACUCUGCUCAGAAGAGACUACAGUCAUUUUUAAAGUAAAGAAGUCAUGCAUAGGUACUUUAUACAUAUAUAGAUAUAUUUUUUUAUUAAUAUAUACAAAUAAAAUACCUAUAUAGAAUAAUUUUUAAUUUAGAUUGUAAACGAUUAAACUAAUUGCUGUUAUUUUGUAAAAAUAACUUAUUUAUUUUAUUUUUAACCUUACAAUUUUCUGUGCUAUGCAGAAUUAGCUGUUGUUGGUUAUGUUAUGUACUGAUACUGUAAACAUUAACAUAGAAAUUUGUUAUGUAAAGUUCAUAACAUCCCAGCAAAGAAUACAAUUGUCUUUUCAGUAACAUGAAUUUAAUAAUUUAACUUGAUUUUGGUUUUUUCGCCACUAAUAUAGUAAAUAUCAUAAUAAUAUAAGUAAACCAUAACACAAUAUACAUAUGUACAUAAUAAAAUGGUUGUAUCAUACCCAUAACAAUUUUAUUUGAUAAAUUUACUCUAGUUUUCAAAUUCACUUGAUCAUACAGUCCGAUUUCUUACAGUCCUGUCACAGAAUUCUAUUCUGACCGAAAGUGGAAUUAUUAUUUUGCUCAAAACCACAUUCAUUUUUUAAAGUGGAAUUGAAAUACUUUUGAAAUUAUUUUUUUAAGUUUUAAUUAAAAUAUUUACUUAAAAAUUCACUAAAACAAUUAUUUAUUUAUUUAUUUAUUCAUUAUUGUAAUAUAAAAGCCUCAUUAGGCCAAUUAAACUAUAUUACAAAGAAAACAAAAAGCCUAAA